UCUCACAGGGGAGGCAAAGUAGAGAAUGCUAUAGGGCGUAAUGCUCCAUGCGCCAAAUUCUCGUGGUUCUAGAGGAAAACACGGAUAGAAUGACUGGCGGGGAUCUGCAGGGCGAUAAGCCUUACUUUCAGCCAUGAGCGUCGCAAAUUUCUUCACGCUUGCGCACCGGCAUACGGUGGAUGUUGAGGAAGAGGAAGAACAUCCCGAUACACUACUCUUUGCUCGGCAGCUUCGAGCGUGUGGGAAGAAGAAAGAUCUUAAGCAAGCAAAGCGCUUGCAUUUCCAAAUCACAAACAGCGGCUACCCCCAAAACAGAUUCCUCUGGAACAUCUUGAUAGAAACGUAUGGGAAAUGUGGCAGCCUCGAAGAAGCCCGCUGGACUUUUGACGAUCUCAAGGACCCCAAUAUUUUCUCUUGGACAAUGCUGGUUGCCGCGUAUGCCCAAAACGGGCAUCUGCGAGACGCCAAAGCUCUUUACAACAGCAUGCCAGACAAGAACACCAUCUCAGCAAACGCGCUUCUAACGGCAUUUUCAAAAAAAGGAUACCUGCUAGAGGCACGAGAGCUUCUUGAUCAGAUAAGAAAUCCAUCUCCGACAUCAUACAACACCAUGAUUUCAGCGUAUGCCCAAAGCGGGCAUAUGAACAAAGCUCGCAGCCUGUUUGAGAGCACUGAUAAGAAGGACGUGGUUACAUGGACAACGAUGAUACAAGCGUAUGCAGAGGGUGGCAACAUAGCCGAAGCAAAGAUUCUGUUUGAUCGAGCUCCAAAACGUGACACCAUUGCUUGCACAGUGAUGGUCACAGCAUAUGCUCAAAAUGGGCAUAUGAAGGAGGCUAGAGAAGUGUUUGACUCAAUCCUUAUCAAGGAUUCCAAAGCUUGGACAGCCAUGAUCAAAGCUUAUUCCAAGGCUGGCGACAUAGCCUCCUCAAAGACCCUGUUCGAUCAAAUGCCACGCAAAGAUAUCACAGCACUCACGAGUAUGAUCUCUACUUACGCCCAGAAUGGAGACUUUGAGCAAGCAAAGCUCUUGUUUGAUGAGUGCGAGCAGCGAGACUCCGUGCUCUACGCUGUGAUGAUGCGCGCUUACUCCCAGCGCGGUGAAGUCGAUCAAGCCAAGCUCAUGUUUGACAACAUCACACACAAAACCAUCCUGUGCUGGAACUCGAUUCUAACGGCAUUUGUAAAACACGGGAGAUUUGAGAAUGCCAAGGACGUAUUUUUGGACAUGCCAAAGCGUGAUGUGGUGUCCUGGAAUGCGAUGAUCGAUGCCUACGGCAAGAAUAGGCAGGGUAAAGAAGCGAUCAAACUUUUCCACCGGAUGGAGGCCGAGGGGAUCGAUCCGGAUGAGGCUACCUUCGUUACCAUGCUCGAGAUUUGUGCGACUUUAGCGUCGAUCCAGCAGGGAGAAGCCGUUUACAGGAGAAUCCGUCGAUCCAAGUACAAGAGACACACCAAAGUUUUGAAUGCUCUGAUUCACAUGUACGGGUGCUGCGGGAGUUUGAUACAAGCGAAGGAAGCAUUCUCUCGGCUGGGACGACCGGACGAGUUCUCUUUCACCACCUUGAUGUCCGCUUGUUCUAGGAACGAUCACAGCAGGGAAGCACUCGAGAUUCUCCCUUACAUGAUCCUCCAAGGUGUUGAUCCUUCUUCCGUAACGUUUCUAGUGGUUUUGUCUGCGUGUUCCAGUGCCGGUUACUCGCCUGACGAAGCUCGAGGAUGCUUUGUUGCGAUGAUUGAUGAUUUCUCGCUGCUACCAUCCUCUGAGCAUUACGACUGUUUCUUUCGUUUCAUGCAACGAGCUCAGCCUCGGCUUAGUGCCGAAAUGCUGGCAGAUGAGCUCGCCGUUUUCAGAUAGAAAUAAAUUGAGCUGCUAAAACGAUCCUGGCAUGGCAUUCCCCGAUCACGUUACAAGCACUGACCAACGUUACCUUCACUUCACAAGGUCCAUACAAAUCCAGCGCCGUGCGGUCUUGUCCGUUCUGGCCAUAGAUAUAAGCAUAGGAAACAACGUCUCUUUACAGC